AGUAGCGUCACGUGGUCCGUGCCUGGAUGAUGGCGGGCGCGGGGGAAGAUUCGCGAGCGCUGUUCGGGGCUGGCGUCCGCGCGGCGCUGGAGGCCUGGCCGGCCUUGCAGAUUGCUGUGGAGAACGGCUUCGGGGGAGUGCACAGCCAGGAAAAGGCCGAGUGGCUGGGGGGUGCUGUGGAGGAAUACUUCUUCCGCAAUGCUGACUUAGAGAUAGAUGAGGUGGAAGACUUCCUUGGUGAGCUCAUGACCAAUGAAUUUGACACGGUUGUGGAGGAUGGCAGCCUGCCCCAGGUGAGCCAACAGCUGCAGACCAUGUUCCAUCAUUUCCAGAGGGGUGAUGGGGCUGCUCUGAGGGAGAUGGCCUCCUUUAUCACCCAGAAGAAGUGCAGUGUCAGAGCCACUGCACUUUCGACAGCCAGAGAGACUGAUGAGGAUGAUGCAGAUGGUGUGGAGGAGAUGGAGGUCACAGCUACAGUUGAUGGGGCAGCAACAGGUGGGGUUGGCCCCCAGCCUGAACCAGAGGGUCCAGACUCCCAGACUAUUAAGGAAGAAGAUAUAGUGGAGGAUGGCUGGACCAUUGUCCGGAGAAAGAAAUGAGUGGGGCUGGAAGUGGUUUGGGCUUUUGUUUGCUGAUUAUUUUGAGAUUGUAUGUAGGGUUUUUUUGAGGGUUGUGAACCCCUGAACUGGUUACCCCAUCCCUACUUUCUCCCAGUUCCCCUGUCCAGUUCCCUCCAGGGGAAGAAGAGGCCUAAGGUCCUUGGUCUUGGGGGUGACGAGACCUGUUUCACCACCCGCCUUGGCUCUUAAAUUAUCAACUGAGUGAAGAGGCCUGUUUUCUCAGAACAGUGCCUUUUCAGGUAUAGACACUGUGAAGAGGGAGAGACGAGUGGGUGUGGCUGGAGGAGAAGCUCAAUGCUGGUUACAGUGAGCAAGUGGAUUUGCGAAGGGAGAGGGCCAGGCUGAGAACCAAUAUUCCUGCUGGAUCAGGAGUGGUGAGAUGAACAUGCCAACAGAAGAGAAAUUAGUUGGAAGAUGUGAAAGACAGUAGCUGUGGUAUCUCUCUUCUUUCUCCUUCCACCAUAUACUGAGAGAAGCUGUGUUGUACCCCUGCCCAGUACUUGGAAUUUGCCAGAGCACUCCUUUCCUGCAGCCCAGCCUCCAACCUUUAAAGUCUAAUACCGUGGCUAGAUUGGGGACUGGACUUUGUUUUCUCUUCCAUCUCUUUUCUAAACUCUUCAUCUCAUCCCACUCAAGUCCAGGGAUGAGGCUUAAGACCUCAAUAAAUAAUACCUUACUGUUUAAUAUGUGGCUUUACCUGUGAAUAACCUUGGAAUCGGUCUACAGUAAAUUGAGCUCAGCAAGGGAGCAGUUUCUGGGCCUACCCUAGCAGCCUGGUAUUUUGGACAAACACAUGGAGCACAGCAGCGCUCUGAAAGUUUCUGUAAGCCUGAAAUAAACUGUAUUUUUCUUUAAAAAACAAAGAGUAUCCACUGUCUUCCCCCCCACCCAAUCCCACCCCUGUUCCCCUGUCCUGCCCAGUGGCCCUGCCAUGGGUCUGGACGAUAAAAUACUGGGUACCUUUGGGGCUGAUAGAAACUGUAAGCCAUGGAAGAGGCAGGAAGGGUCUGGUCAGCACCCCACAUGAAGACACUGGCUAAAGAGGCAGGAGUAGGCCGGGGCUAUGGGCCAGUGGCAGACAUGGCACUUAACCAGAUCUGCCCCCCCACCAAUUUUGGGGGGGAAUUGGGUGGAAGCAGGAUCUGUAGGGUAUUGAUGAGGGAACAUGGCCUAAUUCAGAUGGGUCUAGCAACAGCUUCCACCCUCCCAGGGAAUGGGUUAAAAAAAUUAACAUCACUGUAGGAAUAUUUUUAAAAAGCUCACGCUUUGUGAAAAGAUGAAUUAAAAAACCCGAGACCCAGCAUUCAGGAUUGAAAGUGCCCAUAAUGGGAGUUCAAGUAUUGACUGAGCUGGGAAGAGGAGGCUGGGGCCCCCAAUUGAACAUGAGCAACUCGAGUGUGGGGCAAAAGGGCCUCAGUUAUCCCCAAACCGUCUAGGUCUUGUCUCGGGUUUGGGGAGGUUCGGGUGGUUCAGCAGUGGCUCCUGAAGCUGCCACUGAUGCCUCCUCCAUCUCCUUGUCCUCAGACAGUAUGGGCCCUGGGCAGAAUGUGUCCCCACGGCCUGCCCGGCCCAGUACAGCCAUCCAGCGCUGCUGUAACUCCUCUGUCUCAGGGCUGAAGUACCAGCUCAGAUGGCUCUGGGUGAUCUUGAAAACAUGCCGCCUGUCAGGCCUCUCCCCUGCAUCAGGAGGCCCCACCUCAAAGCCAAUGAGGGGCAGGCUGCGUUGAGCUUUCACAUCCUGUGGAACAGACACAGCAAAGGUCAUCUUGGGCCUAGGCUUCUCAAUGGUUUUUUAUCUACUCUUCCCCUCCCCUGCUUCAGAACCUUACAUUGCAUCACUUAUAGCAAGAGGAAAAUAUCUGAAUUGAUGGUAGAAUGAAGGCUAUUUCAAAUGCCUACUUCUAUACACAUCCAAAACCAACUGAGUUGAUCUCUAGCAAUAUACCAAAUAAUGUAUUUAGUAAGCUAUUGCCCUCAUCUGCUUGAUUUUCCUUACUCCAAACUGGACCAAUCAGUGUCCAGUCCCCACUCAGGUUUCUUCCAGGAAGCUAGGCCCCCAAUUUACUCCAGUUUCCCCUAUCUAUGUUGGCCUACAAUCACUUCUUGUCUCUAGCUGGUCUUUGUCUCACAGAGUGGGAGAUUCUGAUUUCCCCUUAGGCUCAACAUGCCCUCCAAGGCAAGGGAGACGUAAAGGACUGAGGGGGUAAGGAGCUGCCUGAUUUUGUUAGGUGGCUGAAAGGACCCAAAGGAGUAGGAUGCAUACCUGAGGGGCUCCAUAGAUGUACAGCACCAAGGGUUCAUUCUCAGGGACCACGAACCAGGCCUUGUGCCACCCUUUCCCGCCCUUCUCCAUGUAGUGCAGGAAGCUGCAGAUGACGCUGUUUUCUGCAGCCACUGAGGCCUGUUUCUGUGGCCAGAGACAUGGGGAGCAUAAGUGUUGAUAGAAGGCUCAGCCUGGCUACUCCCUCAGCAUAGGGAUUGUUAUUCUCAUAUCUCAGAUGAGGAUGCUGAAGCUCAGCUGGCAGGACUGAUUUGCCCAGUGUUACCCAGUGAAGCAGUAAAUUUAAAGCCAGGCUUGUCUGCUGAACUUGAGACAUGGCUGCUGACUUAAGAGUGAUGGAAGUAUACAGCUCUCAGUGGCCGGGGGGCGGGGCAUCUAAAUGCCAGUCAGGCAUUCUUCCAUCAGUUCAUUUAUUCCUCAAGUCAUUUAUGCAUUUACUGCUCAUCUUUUGCUCAUGAUUCAUCACACAUCCAUUCCCUCAUAAUUAGAGGCCACUCUGCAUUAUGGUUAAGGUGCCUGGCACAGAAAAAGCACUCACUUUAUAUGUUAAAAGAAUACCUUGAGGGCUUCCCUGGUGGUGUAAGGGGUUAAGUCUCAGCACUAUGAAGCUCUCCGCAGCCACUGCAGCACGAGUUGGAUUCCUGCCUAGGGAGCUGACCCAUAUGGUGCAGCAGACCUGUCUCACCUGCUGCUCCCCUCAGCAGUGUAUUUAAGUCAAUCUGUCUGUUCUGUUCCCCACUCUGUCUCUGGUGAAUCAUCUCACUUCCCACACCUCUGGCUCUACCCCAGUUUUUGUGUGCAUAAUUAAAUAAAUCUUAAAAAACCUAGAUUUGGUGAAAAAAAAAAAAAGGCCAAAAUUAUAUGUGCAAAUGCCUAGAAAGAGGCUGGGUAAAUGCUUAUAGCAGUAAUCCCGGGGUAGGAAGAAAUAAUGUUUUCAAUAUUUUUAUAUUAUUAAAUUUUCUUCAGUGUCCCUAACCUAUUUGUAAUAAGAAUAGGUAAUUUGUUAAUUUAGAAAAAGCCCAGCUCGGGCCUCCCCUGGUGGCGCAGCGGUUGAACGCUGGGCUGCAAAGCUGCCUGCAGCCUCUGUAGCGCCGGUUUGAUCCCCGGCCACCAGCAAGGGUCCCACAUGGUGGGAUCUCUCCUGCAGCGCCCACUGUUCCCCUCAGCUUUGUAUUUCAUCAGUCUGCCUGUUCUGUUCAGUCUGCCUGUUCUGUUCCCCGCUCUGGUGAAUUCUCUCACCCUCCCGCGCUUCUGACUGUACC